AUGCUUUAUCUUACUGCGGUGAAAUUAUUAGAGUCCCUGAGCGAAUACGAAAUCGCGUCUCCCGUCCGAGUGAACGCUCUCGGAGAACCCUUUCCCACGAACGUGCACUUCAAAAGAAGGCGACGGAGCAUUAACUCUGCCUCUGACCCCUGGCCUGCCUUCGCCUCCUCCUCUUCCUCCGCUACCUCCUCCCGGGCGCAUUACCGCCUCUCCGCCUUCGGCCAGCAGUUUCUAUUUAAUCUCACCGCCCAUGCCGGAUUUAUCGCUCCACAGUUCACUGUCACCCUCCUCGGGGCGCCCGAGGAGAACCAGACAAAGUUUUAUUCCGAGGACGAAGCAGAACUCAAGCACUGUUUCUACAAAGGCCACGUCAAUACCAAGUCCGAGCACACGGCGGUCAUCAGCCUCUGCUCCGGAAUGCUGGGAAUGUUCCGGUCCCAGGAUGGGGAUUAUUUUAUUGAGCCACUGCUGUCCGUGGAUGAACCAGAAGAUGAAGAUGAACAAAACAAACCCCACGUUAUCUACAGGCUCAGCACCACCCAGGAAGAGCCCUCCACAGAAAGGCACGCGUGCGACACCUCAGAACACAGGGAUAGUCCCAGCAAGGACAGGAGGAAACCCAGAGCAAGGGAACGGGCAGGAAGGAGCAGCCUGGCUGACGACGUGGCAGUGCUCAAGAGCGGCUUCGCAACAAAGGCGCUUUCUGCCUAUGGGAACAAGACGGACAGCGCGAGAGAGCAGAGGACCCACAGAAGAACAAAGCGUUUCUUGUCCUACCCACGGUUUGUAGAAGUGAUGGUGGUGGCAGACCGAAAAAUGAUUUCAUUCCAUGGAGCAAAUCUUCAACACUAUGUUUUAACUUUAAUGUCAAUUGUAGCCUCUAUCUAUAAAGACCCCACUAUUGGAAAUUUAAUUAAUAUUGUUGUUGUGAACUUAGUUGUGAUUCAUAAUGAACAGGAGGGACCGCCCAUCUCUUUUAAUGCCCAGACGACAUUAAGGAGCUUCUGCCAGUGGCAGAAGAACAACACAGGUGGGAUCCAGCACGAUACUGCCAUUCUGAUCACGAGACAGGACAUCUGCAGAGCUCAGGACAAGUGUGACACCCUAGGUCUGGCUGAACUGGGAACCCUCUGUGACCCCUCCAGAAGCUGUUCUAUUAGCGAAGAUAAUGGAUUGAGCACGGCUUUUACCAUAGCCCAUGAACUGGGCCAUCUGUUUAAUAUGCCUCAUGACGACAGCAAUAAGUGCAAAGAAGACGGAGCCAAGAGUCCCCAGCAUGUCAUGGCUCCAACAUUGAACGUUUACACCAUGCCCUGGAAGUGGUCAAAGUGUAGUCGAAAAUACAUCACUGAAUUUUUAGACACUGGUUACGGCGAGUGUUUGCUUAACGAACCUGGAUACAGAGCCUACAGUUUGCCUUACCAACUGCCAGGCCUCCUUUACAAUGUGAAUAAACAAUGUGAAUUGAUUUUUGGACAAGGUUAUCAGCUGUGCCCAUAUAUGCAGAUGCAGUGCCGACGACUCUGGUGCAGUAACGCGGACGGAGCGGAUAUAAACAGCAAAGGCUGCCAGACUCAGCACACGCCCUGGGCCGAUGGCACCGAGUGCGAGCCUGGAAAGCACUGCAAGUUUGGAUUUUGUGUUCCCAAAGAAAUGGAGGCCCCCGCGAUUGAUGGAUCCUGGGGAAGUUGGACUCCGUUUGGAACCUGCUCCAGAACGUGUGGAGGGGGCGUCCGCACCGCUGUCCGGGAGUGCAACAGACCAGUGCCCAAAUACGGUGGAAAGUACUGUACGGGGCGCAGGAUGAAAUUUAGGUCCUGCAACACGGAGCCGUGUCCCAAGCAGAAGCGCGACUUCCGAGAGGAGCAGUGUGCUCAGUUUGACGGGAAGCACUUCAACAUCAACGGGAUCAGUCCAACCGUGCGCUGGGUGCCCAAGUACAGCGGAAUUUUGUUGAAGGACCGGUGCAAGCUGUUCUGCAGGGUGGCCACGAGCACAGCCUACUACCAGCUCAAGGACAGAGUGGUGGACGGGACCCCAUGCAGCCAGGACACCAGCGAUAUCUGUGUCCAAGGCCUCUGCCGGCAAGCUGGAUGCGAUCACGUUUUAAACUCGAAAGCCCGGAGAGAUAAGUGCGGGGUGUGCGGUGGCAAUAAUUCUUCAUGCAGAACAGUGGAAGGAAACUGGACCCUAGCAGUACAUUAUGGUUAUAAUCUCGUGGUCCGAAUUCCAGUGGGUGCUACCAGCAUCUAUGUGCAGCAGAAGAGUAACUCAGGAAAACUGGAGGACGAUAACUACUUAGCGCUAUCGAACACCGAUGGCGAGUACUUCAUAAAUGGGAACUUCGUUAUCACAAUGGCCAAGAAGGAGAUCCGCAUUGGGAAGGCUCUGAUCGAGUACAGUGGCUCCGAAACCGUCACAGAGAAACUCAACUGCUCAGGCCGCAUUGAACAAGAACUCCUGAUUCAGGUGCUGGCGGUGGGGCAGUUGUUCAACCCCAAUGUGUACUACUCUUUCAAUGUCCCCAUCGAAGACAGGCCCCCGCAGUUCUACUGGAACAGUCAUGGGCCCUGGCAGGCCUGCAGCAAACCUUGCCAAGGAGAGCGGAAACGAAGACCCGUUUGCACCAGGGAGUUCAAUCAGCUCAUAGUUUCUGAUCAAAGGUGUGAUCGGCUGCCCCAGCCAAGCCCCAUCACUGAGCCCUGCGGCACAGACUGUGACCUGAGGUGGCAGGUGGCCAGCAGGAGUGAGUGCAGUGCCCAGUGUGGCCUGGGCUACCGCACGUUAGACAUCUACUGUGCCAGAUACAGCCGGCUGGACGGGAGGACCGAGAAGGUGGAUGACAGUUUUUGCAGCAGUCACCCCAAACCAAGCAACCAGGAAAAAUGCUCAGGAGAAUGUAACACCGGGGGCUGGCACUACUCUGCUUGGACUGAAUGUUCUGAAAGCUGUGAUGGCGGAAUCCAGAGGAGAAGGGCUGUUUGUGUCAACACCCGAAAUGAUGUCCUGGAUGACAGCAAAUGCACACAUCAGGAGAAAGUCACCGUUCAGAGGUGCAAUGAGUUCCCUUGUCCACGGUGGAAGUCGGGAGACUGGUCCGAGUGCUUGGUCACCUGCGGGGAAGGGCACAAGCACCGGCAGGUCUGGUGUCAGUUCGGUGAAGAUCAAUUAGACGACAGAAUCUGUGACCCUCAGACCAAGCCAGCCUCCGUGCAGACCUGUCAGCAGCCAGAAUGUGCGUCCUGGCAGGCGGGUCCCUGGGGACAGUGCAGUGUCACUUGUGGACGGGGAUACCAGCACAGAGUGGUGCAAUGCAUCGUUGGGACCUAUGGCGUGUCAGUGGUGGAUGUCAAUGUCUGCAACGCAGCAGCUAGACCAGCUGAGGUCCAGGACUGCGAAUUGCCACCUUGUCACCCUCCGCCGGCUGCCCCCGAAGCAAGGAGGAACACGCACGGCGCCCCAAGAACCCAGUGGAGAUUUGGGUCUUGGACUCCAUGCUCAGCCACCUGUGGGAAAGGGACCCGGAUGAGGUAUGUCAGCUGCCGGGAAGAGGAUGGCUCCGUGGCUGAGGAGAGCGCCUGCGUGGCCCUGCCGCGACCACUGGCAGAGGAGGAAUGUGUGGGGACCCCCUGUGGCCAGUGGAAGGCUUUGGACUGGAGCCCUUGUUCCGUGACGUGUGGGCACGGUAGGAUGACCCGGCAAGUGAUGUGUGUGGACUACAGUGACCACGUGAUUGAUCAGAGCCAGUGUGACUCAGAUUAUAUCCCAGAAACCGCGCAGGACUGCUCGCUGCCACCAUGCCCGCGCCUGGCCCCAGACAGGGGCCUUGCUCAGCACCCUUUCCAGAACGCGGGCUAUCACCCCAGGAGCCUCGGCCCCAGCCAGACCCACGUGCUCGGGGGGAACCAGUGGAGGACCGGCCCCUGGGGAGCAUGUUCUAGUACCUGUGCUGGCGGGUCCCAGCGGCGUGUCGUUGUAUGUCAGGAUGAGAACGGAUACCCCGCAAGUGACUGUGUGGAAAGAAUCAAACCCGAUGAGCAAAGAGCCUGCGAGUCCGGCCCAUGUCCGCAGUGGGCUUAUGGCAGCUGGGGAGAGUGUUCCAAGCUCUGUGGCGGAGGCCUGCGAACCAGGCUGGUGGUCUGUCAGCGGCCCAGCGGGGAGCGCUUUCCAGAUCUGAGCUGUGAAAUUCUGGACAAGCCUCCAGACCGGGAGCGGUGUAACCAGCACGUUUGUCCCCAAGACGCGGCAUGGAGCACCGGCCCUUGGAGUUCGUGCUCUGUGUCCUGCGGCCACGGCGUGCAGCGGAGAAAUGUGGGCUGUCAGCUGGGACCUCGCAAGGUAGCCAGAGAGACCGAGUGCAACCCGUACACCAGGCCGGAGUCGGAGCGCACCUGCAGAGCCCCGCUGUGUCCGCUCUACGCCUGGAGGACAGAGGAAUGGCAAGAAUGCACCAGGACCUGCGGCGAAGGCACCAGGUACCGCAGGGUGCUGUGUGUGGAUGAGGACAAAGGCGGCGAGGUGCACGGCGGGCACUGCGACCCCAGCAAGCGGCCUGCGGACCGUGAGAGCUGUAGUUUGCAGCCCUGCGAGUACAUCUGGAUCACAGGAGAGUGGUCGGAGUGCUCGGUGACCUGCGGGAAGGGCUACAAGCAAAGGCUGGUCUCCUGCAGCGAGAUUUACACCGGGAAGGAGAACUAUGAGUACGGCCACCAAACUGCCGCCAACUGCCCGGGCACGCAGCCCCCCAGCGUCCACCCCUGCUACCUGAGGGAGUGCCCGGUCUCCGCCACCUGGAGAGUGGGCAACUGGGGCAGCUGCUCCGUGUCCUGUGGCCUCGGGGUGCGGCACCGCUCCGUGCAGUGCUUGACCAACGAGGACCAGCCCAGCCACCUCUGCCCUGCGGAGCUGAAGCCAGAAGAGAGAAAAACCUGCCAUAAUAUCUACAACUGCGAGUUACCCCAGAGCUGCAGGGAGGUGCAGCAUCUGAGCGGCGCCACGGAAGACGGCGAGUAUUUCCUGACCGUCCAGGGAAAGCUCCUGAAGAUCUUCUGUGCAGGGAUGCAGUCCGACCACCCCAAGGAGUACCUGACCCUGGUGCGCGGGGACGCGGAGAACUUCUCCGAGGUGUAUGGGCACAGGCUGCACAACCCGACCGAAUGCCCCUACAACGGGAGCCGGCGCGACGACUGCCAGUGUCGGAAGGACUACACGGCGGCCGGCUUCUCCAGCUUCCAGAAGAUCAGGAUAGACCUGGCCAGCAUGCAGAUCAUAACCACUGACUUACAGUUUGCGAGGACCAGCGAAGGGCAUCCCGUGCCCUUUGCCACUGCUGGGGACUGCUACAGCGCCGCCAAGUGCCCGCAGGGUCGUUUCAGCAUCAACCUUUACGGAACAGGCCUCUCUUUAACCGAGUCCGCCAGAUGGAUCUCGCAGGGGAACUAUGCCGUCUCCAACAUUAAGAAGUCGCCGGAUGGCACCCGAGUCGUGGGGACAUGCGGCGGUUACUGUGGGAAAUGCACUCCGUCCUCGGGCACUGGCCUGGAGGUUCAGAUUUUAUAGUUAAGUUCAUGGUGCCUCAGUCCCUCCGUGUGAAAUGGAGGGCCCCACAAGUAGUGUCAUUCCAGGGACCUUGAGAAAGAGAGGUCCUCUCAGCAUUUUGCUAAGACUUUCUGAAAUGACGUCCAAGUUUACCAGUUGCAAGAUGAGGAUGCAUACAUAGAACAGCUGGCCUUCAGCACCUCCAGAGUACCCGGAAGUUCAGAGCCAGGUGCUUAAUCAUUGCCUUUUGCAUGAAAACAUUGGCAACAUGCCUUCUCCUCCGGCCAUGAGCCCGAGACCCUGCCAGUGUUCGUGGCUGCUGCAGCGAUCGUCAUUUGUGACAAGACAUGAACUGUGGAGUACCAGGUUCCCCAUCUUUCUGAUCAUCCAUCACCCCACUCUGCUACAUCUUUCCAAAAGGAAGUGCCAAAGCCAUGGUCCUGCCUUCCAACCUGACCGGAGGGAAGUCAUUGCCAACACCCCCUGGCAGACCCUGCCACUUCCACAAACCAAAGAGAUGAAGAAAAACCUGGCAGUGUUCUCCAAGCCCCGGAACUCCAGAGCGCGCCAGGAGAGGGUAUACUCAGUGUAUGAAUAUGUGCUGUUCUCCAUUGUUAACACAUUGCAAAAAUAUACUAUGAAUAAAUACCAUGACCA